AGAUUCAACAAAUUUCUACUUCAUAAUCUUCCUCCCUCCAAACAACAGGCCAUCCUUGCGUUUGAACCCUGCGUCGUGUCGUCGGUCAAGUACAAGAAACAGUUCAAGUUUAUUGUGAUUGAGAGAGACGGCGUCUGUCUGACGGAGAGUAUUCCUAACACCUACAAGAAAGUUAUCGACUUCGCUGACGUACUCGAUGUUACGCUGGAAUCUGAUCAGCCUGAUUUUUUGAAAGGAAAGGAUCACGACGACUGUCAGCACAUUUCAAUAAUAUAU